GAGAGAGAGAAAGAGAGAGAGAGAGAGAGAGAGGUGCAGUUAACAAGAGCGGAGCCUUUUACCCGUCUCCCCUGCUGGAGCCAUAGCUCGCAGCCUAACAUGGGGCAGCUUUGAGAGAGAGAGCGAUAUCACUGUGGAUAAUAAUCUCACGAAGCCAACAGAAACUGUUGCCGCAAUCUCGCGCACGGGCUCGCUCACAGUGCCUGUCCACACAAUUCGGUAACAAAAAUAAUUUUUAAAAAAAACUAUGAUGAUGCUACUUUCUGUUUCACAGUCUACUUCUGCGGUGACUGGAUCAAGCUAAUACACAAGCGGACUCGUUCCCCCCGUUCAUUGUUCGCCGCUUCCGUCUGACAGCAGCGGACGGGAAUACGGCAUAUGUUAUGGGGGGGUGUGGGGGCGGCUGAAGGCCGGGAGGAUCCAGUGCUCCGGGCGGGGGACAGCUGGCCGGGGGCCCGGCGCUGAGGCGGGGGGUGGGGAGGCUCUCAGAUUACGCGCGGAUUACAGCGGGAUUUACCGACCCGCCGCCCCGGAGAGACGGGGGAACUGGCCCCCGGACACCGGCUCCAGGACGGUACACCGGACGGGACCGGGAAUAGGACCUGCGACCGGGAUCGGCCGGGAACGCGGCUAGCUUUACCCGGAGGGCUGUUCAAAGGCUGGAGGCUGGGGGUAGUUCCUGCUACCCCCCCUCCCCCCCCCAGUGAAGCAAUGAGUUCAAGGGACUGACCGUGGCACGUUGCUAUGGGAACACUCACCCGAGACCUGGAGCUUCUGGAGUUCAUUUUUGUGCUCCUCAUCGCACAGUUGCUGACUCCCCGGGACGGGGAGUAGACCCCCUUCGCACCUUCACCCAGGGGUCAUUCCGAGCGAGCGAUUUCAUCUACAGGCCGUGUUUAAGAAUCAGAACCAUGCACCUGAGGCUAUUAAUAAAUGAACCAAGGACCAUCCUGUACUUUGUGAGCGCGUCCAAGUAAUUUAUUAGUGUUUUGGCAUUAUUUAUUUAUAUCCAGUUUUUUAAGUACGUUAAAUAUUAAUGGGGUUGUCUGAAUGAUCUGCACCACCCUGACCCCCCGCCCCAUGCAAUGCCCCCUGGAGGCCCUCUGAACCAUGGCCAAAAGAGACUCCUCCUCCCCCUUCCUGUACGGCUUCGACCUGGGCGGGCAGUUCCAGGACCCGCGCCCGCUGGGCUGCGGGGUGACGGGGCUGGUGCUGUCGGCCGUGGACCGGCGCAGCGGGCAGCGGGUGGCGCUGAAGAAGCUGGCGAUGAGCGACGCGGUGAGCGUGAAGCACGCGCUGCGCGAGUCAGAUCAGCGGCGCGCGGCACGGACGUGUGCGGUACGAGUGCUGGGCCCGCGGCGGCCGCUGCCUGACCGCCCGCCUGCCCGCCUCUACAGAGAGUGCAUGGAGACGGACCUGGCCCGGCUGCUGGACCAGGGCCCCUGCCCCCGACCGCCCCCUGCUCUCUACAUCGGCUCAUGGAGACGGCUCGCUCCAUCUCGCCAAGUGCUCCCAUGACCACGAACCGCCAACGCUGCCAUCGACCAGCUGCUGCUGAGAUCGGACUUCUCGGUGGCCCGCAUCGUCGACCCGCACUACUCCCACAAGGGGUACCUGUCGGAGGGCCUGGUGACCAAGUGGUACCGCUCGCCCCGGCUCCUGCUCUCCCCGAACAACUACACCAAGGCCAUCGACAUGUGGGCGGCCGGCUGCAUCCUGGCCGAGAUGCUGACCGGACGCAUGCUGUUCGCCGGGGCCCACGAGCUGGAGCAGAUGCAGCUGAUUUUGGACACGGUGCCCGUCCUGCGGGAGGAGGACCGGCAGGAGCUGCUGAGGGUCAUGCCGUCCUACGUCAGCCAGGGCUGGGAGGUGCGCCGGUCGCUGCGGGACCUCCUGCCGGAGGUGGACGCCGAGGCCACUGACUUCCUGGAGCAGAUCCUGACCUUUAACCCCAUGGACCGGCUGACGGCGGAGGCGGCGCUGUCCCACCGCUUCCUGCGGCAGUACGCCUGCCCCCAGGACGAGCCCGUGUGCCUGCAGCCCUUCCGCAUCGAGGACGAGCUGGACGACAGCCUGGUCACCGAGCACUGCCACAGCCCGGCCCCGCCCUGGGACAGCUACGAGAGCCACACGCCGCAGUGGGACAGGUACGACACCAGCGUGUCCUCAGACCUCUGCUGGCAGCCGCCGGGGCAGUGCAGGUGCGCCCCGGGGGUGUCGGACGGGGGCGAGGGCGAGGAGGAGGAGGAGGUGCAGCGGGACCCCCGCGCGGGCUCCGCCCCCCUGCUGGAGGAGGUGCAGGUGGACCCCCGCAAGUACUCCCACAGCAGCUCGGCCGAGCGCUUCCUGGCGCACUCGCACUGCUCGCUGGACCGCGCCGAGCUGGACUGCGGCCGCUCCUGCGACUACAAGGUGGGCUCGCCGUCCUACCUGGACAGGAUGGCGUGGCGGGAGGGCCGGCCCCAGCACUACUCCGAGCCCCAGCUCAUCCUGGACCUGUCCAGCUGGAGGCGCGAGGGCGGCGGCCUGCCCCCCCGCGCCGAGGCCCCGCCCACAGAGGCGCCCGGCGACCUCUUCCUGGAGAUAUCCCGCUGGGUGGAGAGCACGCAGUCCCGCCUCCGCUCCCCAAGCCCGCCCCCGGAGCCCCUCCCCUCCCCUCCGUCGCCCCCCCUGCCCCUCUCUCCCACCGCCUUCCCCGGGCCCCUCUGCCUCAGCCCCCCUCCCGUGCUGCUGCCCGCCCCCGAGCCCUCGGACGAAGAGAGCCGGACCAGCCCCCCUCCCUCUUCCUCUCCUCCGUCCCUGUUUCCCUCUUCCCCCUCCUCCCCUCCGCCUGCCCUCUCUCCCGCCGCCCCCCCGGCGCCCGCCUCUUCCGCGCAUGUCCGCGCUAGCCCCGCCCCUUCAGAGGCGGUCCCCCCCGCGGGGGUGGAGCCUCAGUUCGACCUGGACGUGUUCAUCUCCCGCGCGCUCAAACUGGGCGGCAGCAUGGACGGGGCCCGGCUGGCCGACCUCAACGGCAUCCCCCGAAUCCCAGACCACUGCCCGAGCCGGGGCCCUCCCAAACCGGCCCCUGAGAUGGUCAAGGCCCAGGGGGGCCACAAGGAGCACUGGUAGGGUGGGCUGGAACCCGGGGCCUUCUCCCCAGCGUGGACAGCCGUACGCAAAGCAGCGUGACCCGUUCCUUUUUACACCGCCGCGACGUUCAGGACUGACGUGGCGCUCGUUUGGGUCGGACGCCGCGCCCCUGGGUGUCAGCUGACCAGCUGAGGCAUCAGCUCGAGCACAGAGAGAGGUGUCUCUCCCUAAAACUGGCGCUGGUUAUGUGGGCGGCCUCACACAAAGAGGCAUUCGUCACUGAGGCCGCAGUCCUCGCUCGAUGGGAGGAUGUGUGUGAACGCACGGCCGUGUGCAAGGGUUGAUGGGAAGGGAAUACUCGCCUGGUGAUAGGGUGACCUUGGGAGUAUGUAUAAGAUGGAGAAAAGUAAGACCUGAAUGUAAAGACAUGUAUGAAAACCAGUUACUUUAAUAACUUGCUGAGUGUCUGGUUGAUCAGUUCUACGACUAGUGCAGAAAGGACUGUUUCCAUGGUUGGGCGAGCUUGUGUAAGGGGGUUGGCCUAAAUACAGUUUCUGUGUGACGGUCUGUUUUUUUUAAAGCAAAUCCUAUUUUCACAUUUAUAACACAACAUUAUUCUUCAGAGUCAGGUUAUUUAAUGACUGGUAGAGCAUAGGCUGUACUAGAAAAUAUAUGUUUAAGGGAUAUUCUUCAGUAAUCGGAACUUGCCUUUCACCUUGUGAAAUUCUUAAACUGCAGGUCCAAAUUUAACACGUGUAGGAUCCCAGUCCUAAUCAUAACAUUAACAAUUAUUUUUCAACAGUCUCUGUUUCGGUUUCUUUUUUGGGCACUGAAUGUAUUUACAUGUCAAACCAUAUAACUAAGGCUGGCCUAAUGGACAGAAUAACUGUCUUACAUGGACUGUGACUGUUGGAAGGGGGUCAGUUGAGUUCUUAGAAGUAAUGUCUUGACUACUUGCCUGAUUUCUAAUGCUAAUGAUGUUUUAGCAUUUCAGUUAUUGCUGAGCACAUUCACCAAGGAUACUGUAUGUAAUUUAAGACUGUAAAAUACUCUUAUGACUAUUAUUAUUCUGUCCACUCUCCCUCAGAUGCUUGUAAGUAUCUGAUGGUGAGACAUGUUUUUCUAGUUUGUUUUUGUGCGUGCUUUAUAACAAUAAUAAAGUUGACUUGAGAAAUGA